AUGUCAUCGUGGAAGAAAUCGAGCAAAGCUGGCCAAGUUCACCAUCGAGAACGAUCCCAACUUUCAUCACGAGAACAUUUGGGUUUACUCGAAAAGAAGAAAGAUUACAAAGAACGAGCAGUUGAUUAUCAAACCAAAGGAAAUGUUAUUCGUGAACUCAAGAAAAAAGCGUUAGACAAAAAUCCCGAAGAAUAUUACUUCAACAUGGUCAACACUAAAUUGAAAAAUGGUGUUCAUAGCCUAAAGAAGAAAUAUAAAGAGUAUACGGAUGAUCAAUUGAAGUUAAUGCAAAGCCAGGACUUGAAAUACAUUAAAUACAAACAUCAGAUGGAAAGAAAGAAGAUCGAUAGAUUACAAUCGUCAUCACAUUUGAUCGAUUCGGAAUCUCGUCCAUCGACCUCGCAUAUCUUUUUUGUUGAUUCACAAAAACAAGUUGAAAAAUUCGAUCCUGUUAAGAAAAUGCGCACUCAUCCGGCUUUAAUCAAUCGUCGAUCAAAUCGAUUAACUAUUGAACAAUUAAAAUCCAUGAAAGUCAACUUUGAUGAUGAGCUAAUCAAUAAAUUUCAAAAACAACGAAAGAAGAAAUAUGCGGAAUUGCAAAAACGGAUCGAUCGCGAGAAGAAAUUGGAACAAGUGGAGUCAGCGAUGGAAGAUAAACUACUCCUCAAAAAUCCGAAACAAACGGAUAAAAAUGACGAUGACUUCUGGUCGGAUGACGAAGCGGAGAAAGCGAAUGAAAAGAAAAAAACGAAAGUUGUUCCGAGAAAGAAAUAA